AUGGCAGACUUGCUCAUACAGUACCUGUGCUGCUGCUUACCUGCGCCGCGCCAUCCGCAAGACGACCCCGAACGUGCACCGCUGCUGAACCCUGAUAUCUUACCAGAGGCUCCCCCUCGACCAGUUGGACGGACGACGGAGGAGCAGCUCGCAGAGCAGGAACAGCUGCGGAAGAUCCUGAGCCUGGCAGAAGAACGCCUCAUCUCGAUCGAAUCCUCCACCGCCUUCCGCCCUCCUACUCCCCCCUCCUCCUCGCACCCACACACACACGUCCCCUCCUCCUCCUCCCCUGACUCCUCCUCCACUCGCCCACGCUCCCGCUCUCCCUGGCGUCCCCCCGUCUCAACAACAACCGACGACGGUCCCUUCGCUCCCAUUCGGGUCGUCCACCUCGACCGCCAGAACUGGACUGAGUUACCCUCUGAGCCUUCCACGCCGGCGCCGAGGAAGAGGAAGGGGCAGGGGAAGAAGCGCGUCGAAGGGAGGCCGCCCAGUAGUCAUUCGAUGAAGACUUUGCCGCGUGGGCGAGGGGGAGGAGUUCCGCCGAGUCCGUUGCGGCAUGGUGCUUCGUCGGAGGACGAGGAUGGCGAGCGAGAUGAGGAUGACGACGAGGAAAGCAAGUACGGCACGGUUGCGUCGUAUCGGACUGCGACGGACGGGUCGGGCGGGUCGGCGAGCACGAUUCGGCAGGGGCUGCGGGACGUCAGCUGGGGGCGCGAGGACGACGAGCCGGUUGAUCCGGAGCGAGAGGCGGCGCUCGCACAAGCUAUCGACGCCCUCGAGCAAUCUAUCGACGACUGGACACUUCCUCCAUGCGGCCCGUUCGUCGCCGAGCUGGGGGACGAAGAACGCGGCGAGAUGCAGCAGCGGUGA